AUGGCGGCCUCCAUAGGUUGUUCACUUCAAGCUUUCCUGGUACUGCUGGGCUGGCUCUUGGCGGCGCCCCCGAGUCUUGGGCUGGGUACCGGGGUUUCCCUGAAUGACGACCUGCUGCUUCCCUACCCCGGGACUCGGACGCGUCUACCUCGGGAUUGCCGGCCAGUCCGCAACGGAACCCGUCCUCAUGAAAGCUGGCCACCACCUGCCAAGACUAGCACCAGUCCGGGGCCCACGAUCCACUACUUUGUCUCCCACUUCUCAGAUCCUAGAAACGGCUCAAAAAGGGCAGUGUCUGGCCACCUGACUGUAACUGCAUCACCCCUUCAUAGCUUCUCAGUACUAGAGCCCGGGGGACCAGGGGGCUGCGCUGCCCGGAGACUGGUGACAGUGGAGGAGACGGCUCGCACUGCUGGCUGCUUAGUGGCCCAAAAUGGUGGCUUCUUCCGCAUGAGUACAGGAGAAUGCCUAGGGAAUAUAGUGAGCAACGGGGAUCAAGUGAGCAGCUCCGGGGGGCUGCAGAACGCCCAGUUCGGGAUCCGCCAGGAUGGGACUCUGGUCACAGGGUACCUAUCUGAGGAGGAGGUGCUGGACACAAAGAAUCCAUUUGUACAGCUGGUGAGUGGGGUGGUGUGGCUGCUGAGAAAUGGACGUGUCUACAUUAAUGAAAGUGAAGAAACUGAAUGUGACAAGACACAGGAAACAGGCUCAUUUAGCAAGUUUGUGAAUGUGAUAUCAGCUCGGACAGCUGUGGGUCAUGACAGAGAGGGCCGGCUGGUGAUGUUCCAUGUGGAUGGACAGACGGAGCAAAGGGGCAUUAACCUAUGGGAGAUGGCUGAGUUCCUAAGGAAGCAAGGAGUGGUGAAUGCAAUUAACCUGGAUGGUGGAGGUUCAGCCACAUUUGUUGUCAAUGGAACCCUGGCGAAUUACCCAUCGGAUCAUUGCCUGGAUGAUGACAUGUGGCGCUGUCCCCGCCGUAUCUCUACAGUCGUGUGUGUGCAUGAGCCACGCUGCAACCCACCAGACUGCAGUGGUCAUGGGACCUGUGUGCAGGGGAUCUGCCAUUGUACUGGGGACUUCUGGGGGGGAGCUGACUGCAGCAUACUGGACUGUGGCCCCUCCAACUGUAGCCUUCAUGGGCUCUGCACCGAGACUGGAUGCCUCUGUGAUGCUGGAUGGAGAGGCAGUAACUGCAGUCAAGCAUGUGCCAAUGGCAGCUUUGGGGUCGGUUGUGCUCAGAAAUGCCAAUGUCAGAAUGGAGCUGCAUGUGACCCUAUUCAUGGGACCUGUGCCUGCCUUCCUGGUUUCCAAGGAGAUACCUGUGCUGAGGUAUGCCCCUUAGGUUGGUAUGGCCCCGGUUGCCAUUAUGCUUGCAAAUGUGAGAGUUUGUGUCCCUGUGACCCCAAGACUGGCAGCUGCAACCUCACUUCCACUAUGCAUGACAUCCUCUCCCAAGUUGGCCAGUGUCUUGCACCUUCCAUGGUAUCUAAAAGGAGUGAAGAGCACCCCUAUUUCACAAAGACAGCCUGGCUGUGUCUCACGUUGGCCCUAGCUCUCUUACUGCUACUCAGUGCUGCAGCUAAUGUGACUUUUGUCCUUGGCUCCAGAACAUCAAGGAGGCGCCUAGACGGGGAAUAUGCUUACCAACCAUUGGAAGAAAUGAAUGGGGAGCUGCAUUCCUUAGAAAAGGAACAAGGAGACCCCACCUGCUCUGCUCCAUUAAGGACUUAGAACAAUGACCCACCAUUGCCUGUCGUAGAAAAGUCAAUUCUACCUGUGGGUUUUUGCAGGGAAAGCUGGUAUGGAGGAAACUCUUCUAAGACAGAAAAUGAGAACCAGGCAGGGACUACAUACUAGGCUUUCACUUUGCAGCCCAGUCCCAGCCCCAACCCCUCUGGGUGGUCAAAUGAGCUGGGAUGCCUGUGCCUCCAUCUCCUAGCCUGCCUAACUGCCCAUCAUGUGCCAUGCUGUACCUCAGCCCUCAGCCAGAGCAAUAGUGCACUCUCAGAUAAGGCUUUACCUCUCAGGGCAGGGCCUCUGCCUCUUCCCCCCGCCUGUCUGUUUCUGCUUGUCCAAUGAGAAGCCUAUAUCCUCUGUGGGGAUGUGGCAGUACCGAAGGGACUUCAGCUAUUCUGGGGGAUAGAGCAGCUGAAAAACUAAACUCAUCAUGAUUUGAAUCAUGGUGAAGCAAAAUAGAAUCUAUUCCCAAAGUCUUACUCCUGGAUAGAAAGACCAGCCUGGCUAGUGGGAAACUUGCAAAUCUCAGCCUUCCUAUAAUUUAUUCAUUCCUGUGGGAAAAUUGAGGCCAUAAUCGGUCACUUUUAUGAAGACCACUUUUUUAUGCUACUUUAAAGUGCUGACUCCUGUGGUAGACAAAGGGAAUGGGGGAAAUGAAAUGGGUAUUUUUAAAUAAAAAGCUAUUUUGUCCUUUUUGUUGAUUAGUAUUUAUAUUACUUGAAUAAAUUGAGGAAUGAAGG